GAUCGUCCGACUCUAACAGCGAGGAGUUCUACACGAGGACAGGUUUACAUUUGUUGUCAUGCGUUUUUACUCUGAGAACCGCAAAGCACUAGUCUGGCUUUCAUAAUUAAGCAUUAGCGGUCAGCAGGUGUCGCUGUAGCUGCGCGCAGCCACCGGACCUAAGGGAGACACGCAGGAACUCCACCGCUGCUCUCCGGCAGAAUGAGCUUGGGUGUAGUUUAUAUCAUCGACCACAGGAACCGGACGUGUCAGAAGAAUCCUCUCCACCCCUUACACAUUCCCCAUAAUGCCUCGCUGCAGUCACAGGUAGUUCUGGGAGGAUCAUCAGCGCCUGGUGAAGGUCUGCUGGUCAACACCUGGACGGGAGACGUACCUGAGACUGGAGGUAAAUAUCUGGCCACAGUCACAGAGUUCGGUUGCGUCCCAGUGUCGAUGCUUUACUACAGUGCAAGGACUGAUUGGAUCGUCACAACCUAUUUUAAUGCGGUGAAGGGGAUUGAGGACCUGGAGCAGUUAAUUCCUCCUCCGUUCUGCGCCGAUGCAGAGACUGAAGACGAGAAACUCGAUUUCUUCAGCGCCUUUUUCUGAGGAAUCUGUUUAACACGCUGGAACGCUGGCACUUAAAUCACAUGCUAUGAUUUUAACUAUCCUAAACCAAUGAACAUUUUCAGAAUGCUCCU